UCCUUUCUCUCUAUUCAGCCGUCUACUGCAGCAAUGAGGUCCUAUCUUUCAUAAUUACUUCUCUAGUUAGAAGUUCGAGUAAUCUUAUAAGACGCAUAUUUCUCUCUAAUAAAGGGAAUCUAGAGGAAAUCACUUAACUGUCACACGUUUCCAUAUUUAAGAAGUGUCAAAUCCAUUUUCCCAAAGAACGCGUAAGUGCUCCCUUAAGCAAGAGUACAUACGUACCAGGGAUUCAACGAACGAGCCGAUUUUAUUCUCGCCUACAAAUGUGACACGUAUUUGAGGACUGCACUCCAAACUUAUGGCACUGCCUACGUUCUUGACGGGUCAAUUUCAUUUUGUGCACCUCAAUUACGAAUAAAUUAAGUUCUUUUAUUUGGGGGGUGCAGACUGUGGUCCGUGUAUUUUUGCUUAAGGGUGCACGCACUAGCGUUGGUCAUAGGGCACUAGCGAACAGGCGAGGUAACCGUAGCGGCUUUGAGCUCCGAUUCACUUAUUUUUUGCUUUCAGCAUUCCUGAUGCGACACGCCACGUGCGAUAUCUUUAUUCCACCCCUUAUUGUAGACCUCGAGUCCCCAUUGCUGCUAACAUACUAGCACAUAUCGCAACUACAGCCUCUUACGUCUAAAGAACAAAAAAAAAGAAAAUUGAGCAGUUACUUUUAGGGCAGGCCCCGCCUAACUUACGCUGUGGCAGCUAAACAUGUUUAUUCUUUAAGAGCGUUUGUUUCUCAACACUACAUCCUGGAACGCGGCCAUGCGGAGGCCGAUAACGCCGGAGAUACGCCGGAGAUACGCCGGCGUCGUGUUCCGAAGUCGGCAAGACGGCUCGCAAAUGUGCAGCGGCAUGGGUCGCGUAUUCCUCGCACUGCUUUACGUGGCGGCCUUGAACCUAGGGAUCGAUGGCGCCGGGCCCACGAGGUCUUUCACAGUCGACUACGCGAACGACCGCUUCCUGAAGGAUGGCCACCCCUUCCGCUACAUUUCUGGGUCCCUGCACUACUUCCGCGUCCCCAGGGAGUACUGGAGAGACCGCAUGGAAAAGAUGAGACUCGCCGGCCUCAACGCUCUCCAGACGUACGUGGAAUGGAGCGGCCACGAACCGGAACCCGGAACUUUCAACUUCAGAGGCGACUACGAUCUCAAGACCUUUCUGGACACUGCGAACGACGUCGGGCUGCUCGUAAUACUCAGGCCGGGCCCUUACAUAUGUGCCGAGAGAGACAACGGCGGUUUACCGUACUGGCUGCUUAGGCUUAACCCCCAAAUGCAAUACAGGAGUUCGGAUCCGUCUUACACGUCUCGCGUCGAGAAGUGGUUCCACGUGCUGCUACCAAUGGUAGAGCCGUACCUGUACAAUAACGGCGGUCCGAUCAUCGCCCUGCAAGUCGAGAACGAGUACGGCCAGUACGUCGCCUGCGACAAGGACUACAUGCGGCAGCUCGUCGGCCUCUUCGGACGCUACCUCGGCCAAGACGUCGUGCUGUUCAGGACGGACACGCCGGGCGACGCCAUCUACGAGUGCGACCGGGUGCGCGGAACGCUACCGACCGCCGACUUUGGCGCCAGCGCGAACGUCACGGAAAUGUUUUCCAUCGUGAGACGGGCGAUGGGCCGAGGACCGCUCGUCGUGACCGAGUACUAUCCCGGAUGGCUCGACCUCUGGGGUUUUCCGCACGCGAAAGUAGACCACCGCGCGAUGCUGAAGACGCUCGAGGAGAUACUGCUGCACAACGCGUCGGUGAAUCUUUACAUGUUCCACGGCGGCACGAACUUCGGCUUCACGAACGGCGCCAGUCCGACCCCUCAGACGACGAGCUACGACUACGGGGCCCCGCUGACGGAGGCUGGCGAUCCCGCGGAGAGCUACUUCAACGUAAGAGACGUCGUCGGACGCUAUUUGCCGGUUCCCAACGGCACGCUUCCGGUUCCGGCACCCAAGCUUAACCUCGGCUCCGUGAACGUUCCGCAUUGCGCCUCGCUUCACAAGAUCCAGGAAUUCUUUCGUCAACGCGGGUUCGUUGAGGCGGCGACGUCUCGGAACCCGAAGACGUUCGAAGACCUCGGCGCGGCCUACGGUUACGUGCUGUACACCACGAGCGUGACGUUUCGUCCCGAGAGCCCGGCUAUUCUGCAGGCCCCCGGGAUCAAGGACAGGGGCUACGUGAUGACCGCGCAGAGUCGAGCGGUAAUCGACAGUCGUACGUCCGCGCACAGCGCACCGGUGGUGGUGAGGCAAGGCGAGAACGUCACGAUUCUCGUUGAAAACACGGGCAGGAUAAACGUUGGAGUCGGGAACCACGAUCCCAAGGGAAUUCUUACGAACGUCACUCUGGACAAACGCGUCCUACUUGGCUGGACAAUGGAACCAGUGCCGGUGAGCAACCCAGACGCAAUGAGUGACCUGAACGAAGCCUUGCACUCCGUCACCAAUGAAUCGCGCUGUUCCGCCCCUGGCGCGUUUUACGGCUUCUUCGCCGUGCCUCACCUCGGCGACAACGUUCCCGACACCUUUCUGGACACGACUGGCUGGGGGAAGGGCGUGGCCUUCGUCAACGGCUUCAACCUGGGACGAUAUUGGCCCAGCAUCGGGCCGCAGGUAACCCUGUACGUUCCCGGCGUGCUGCUCCAGCCGUUCCCGUCGCAGAACACGAUCUUGCUCUUCGAGACAGAAUCUGCACCGAGGGGUGCCAAGACUGUCCGCUUCGUGGACAUGCCAAACAUCGACGGUCCGGUGCCUGAAGGCUUGGCGCGUUCCCGAGUGCUAUAAGGAACGGGCAUGCCGAACUCCGGCGUCGACUCGAAGACUCCUAGGUCUGAGGAGGUCUUCCACGUGGUCGCGAUUCUCAUCGCCGGUUGCCCAGUGCUACGAAGCCGGGUGCGCGAACUGUUAGGCAUGACUACUUUCUAAUGUCGACACCAAAUAAACUACCGUGAUUUGCGAUAGGACUGCACGCGCGCCAAGUAGAAGAGUCUGCUUUGCCCCCCCCCCCCCCCCCCCCCCCCCCCUCUCUCUCUCUCUCUCUCUCUCUCUCUCUCUCUCUCUCUCUCUCUCUCUCUCUCUCUCUCUCUCUCUAUUUUGUUCAAUAAUAUAUUGUGCAAGCUUCCUGUGUUCCACUCUCACCGUUUCCAGCUUCGCUCAACAUAGGUCAAGACAGGUCAAGUAGCGAAUUACCUCUAUUAGCUUGCUGACACGAAACCUAAUAUAACGAGCAUUCUGUUUGAGACUACGCAGAAUAAUAAAAAAAGAAGAACACCUGUGGCAGAGAGCACAAUUAUAGCCUUGAUCGAACUGGACUAAUCGAAGAGGCGGACGUUACUUGCCUCAGAAAUCGGAACACAUAAUUAAUUGGCUGAUUAAUAAAACUUUCGCUAACUAGAUGUCUCACUAAUAUUGCGCAGCGCAUAUUGCAAUUCACGAAUUGUAGCCGGCGUGUUCCCAAGGCGUAUCAGAUUGUAACGAAUACUCAGCACUGCACGAGUUUCCUGAUAUUCAUUCUAGAGGUGUGCGACGAGAUAAAAUGGCGUUCGAUUUACUCACUUGCUUCAAUGCACGAUAUGCCAUUUUAUUAAAGAACGUAAGCGGGAACACAGUGCGUUUUCACCGCAUGAUUAGCGGCGCCUAUCUCGAAACCGGUGCCAUCCGCUUCGUUCCAAGUUCAUAUGCCUUGCAAACUCAGCGGUUACAAUUAGUUAAUUGCAAUAUGCACCGCAAAAAUAUUCAUUAAGAAAUCACAUUGAACAAUUUUGUCAAAAUUUUUGACGAAUUGUGCAUUGCGUUUUAUUGUGCAAGCAAUGACUGCCCCUAUGAGUAAUAUAAUUUGCACAAGUGAUACUUCUGAGCGAUUUUCUGUGGAAUCGCCACAAAGCACUAUGGAGCAAAUGUGAAUCACUUAGAAAUUUUUUGAAUUUACUGCGCAUAUAUACGCACCAUGGUAAAAUGUAUCGAGAAUAUUCUGUCCCGUUUUAGUGUAACCAGUUUCCCAAAGAAAUAAUUCUACAACAUUCCCUAAAGGAAGCCAAACAACAAAUUAGGCAUGGUUGCUUUCUCGUUAAAAUAUUUGUUAUGUAUUAUGUUCUUUUUAAAUGAUUGCAAACAUUGUUUUUUCACUCUUGUCCUGUAAGCAACGAAAAGAUUGUGUUCUUUUUUAUGUAUUUAUUUAUUUUUAUUUUUACUAGUUUCCCGAAGAAAUAACGCGACAGCAUUCAAAUGAAAAAUUAAAGCUAGAUUGUUUAUGUUUUCGUUACUAACGCAGUAAAGUAUUUAUGCAAAGUGUCAUCUUGAAGAUGUUGCUAUAUGUAUUGUGGUCCUGUUUUGUAAGCCGUGAGCUAGCACCUCAUAUCUGCUGUGACCCACCUAGAAGCGACUUGUGGGUGGGUCACAGUGUGACAUGUUGUGUGACAUGUUGUGUGUUGUGUGACAAUGUGUGGCAUGCUUUGUGCUGCCGAAUAAAGAUGUAUGUAUGUAUGUA